AUGUCCUUCUCCAGCCAGCAGCUCAGCUCUCGCUGCUUCCCACCCUGCGAGGUGGCCUGCCCGCAGCCCAUCGCCAACGCCUGGAACCAGCCCUGCGUCACCUCCUGUGGGGACUCCCGUGCCGUGGUCUACCCACCACCCGUGGUCAUCACCUUCCCAGGCCCCAUCCUCAGCUCCUGCCCUCAGGAGAGCAUCGUGGGCUCCUCUUCCCCAGUUGAGCUGGGCCGCCCCAGGGGUCUGCAGGGCUCCCUUGUUUAUGGGGGCUCCUUGUCCUCCUACUCCUCUUCCUCUGGUCAGCUCUGGAACCAGCGCUAUGGGGGCUGUGGGCCAUGCUAAGCCUGGCCGAAGGUGCGGACGGCAGGAGAAACAGCGUUGGAGCUGACAGCAAGUCCUGGACGUGCAGCCAAGCUGAGGAGCUCUCCAAAGCCUUGGGCAC